AUGUCCAAUGAAGUAACAGAUAACGUAAUAACCGCCUACUCUUGGACCCCUUACAGUGAUAAUAAUUGUGCUGGAAAAUGCAAAUCAGUAUACGUUUUAGAUAAAUGUAAAGAUAAUAAAAUAAUCGAGUUUGAGCCCGAAAGGGAAAAAUUUCCGUUAGACUUAAAGGGGUGCCCGUUAACCACAUACGCAGUUAUAUCUGAACCGUAUGUCUUACCUCCGAUCAAAAAAGUCGCUAAUGCUCCAUGGAACGAUGUUUACGAUUUUCAAAAAGGUGGCGAAAUAAAUCUUCGGGCGGCUUUGGAUAGAAAUUUCGCUGUUGUUUCAUCGAGAAGGCAGGCUGAAUAUAUGGAUCAGAUGUUGGGUAAAGGUGAGACAUUAAUUUAUUGUUUUCCCGAAAGGAAUAAUCUUUAUAAAUACGGAGUUGUUUUACUAACCAGGCAGUGGUUCCCCAUGUUGGAAAGGGUUAAUAACAUUAUACGGAGCGUUUCGGAAAAUGGUCUGAUUGACAAAUGGAACGAGGAACUAUUUACGAAUAAAAUCAGGUCUGAAGGUGCUGUAGUGUUGCCGCUGGGUGUACAACAUUUGUUGGGAGCCUUUGUGUUAACUGGUAUCUUGUAUGCCGUGUCUAUUGUUGUUUUUGUUGGAGAAUUAGUUUUAGGUUAUAUUACGAGAAAGUAG